AUGGCGAUCAGCUGGAGCGCCAAGAAACAAGGUGGCGUGUCCCUCUCGACAAUGGAAGCCGAGUUUGUGGCGGCGUCAGAGAUCGCUCGUGAGCUGCUGGGCGUGCGCGAGAUGCUUAUCGAGAUUGGAAUGGCGCCAGAGUUACCGAUGUUGAUGCACGUCGACAAUCAAGCGGCAAUUCGACAGCUCGAGGGUGAGGCGUCGUCACUCAAGGCAAAGCACAUUGACGUGCGAGUCAAGUUUGCCUGCGACUUUGCUCGGCGCGGGAUCGUGCGUGCGCAGUAUGUGAGAUCGGAGCUAAUGCUCGCUGAUCUGCUCACGAAGGCACUUGACCCACACAAGCUGGCGACGAUGCGCACUUUGGUGCACCUCGGUUUGAACGGUAAGUCGUAG